AAAGCCUAAACGAAAAAAAUUGAAAUCAAUCAGAAAAGCAACGCACACAGAGACUUGCGCUGCUGCUCUUCUCUCUACCAACGUGCUGUUCUUCUUCUCUCCAGUGAGCGACGGCGGCUCUUUUCUUUGUCUUCACCGCCGACGAGGAAGGAACUCCUAUCCCCAGCCAGCGGCGUCUUCUCUUUUUCUUCACCGGCGUUAAGAGUGAUCUCUCGAGAAUCGUGAGCAAUCUGUAGCUGGUCUUCUUCAUCGUCUUGCUCGGCCUCACCCUCUCUUGGUCUGCCUCUGUCAAAAAGUGACUUCAAGCUUCAAGCCCUGGUUGCUGUUACCAAUUUUCUCUCUUCUGAGUGAAUCGUGAAAUGGGUUGGAAAGCAGCUGAAAAACUCAUUAGGCACUGGAAAGUUCUCAGAGGGGAUAAUGUAAUGAUAAUAAGAGGCAAAGAUAAGGGUGAGACUGGGACUAUUAAGCGUGUUAUUCGCUCUCAGAAUCGUGUCAUUGUUGAGGGUAAAAAUCUGGUGAAGAAGCAUAUUAAGCAAGGGCAAGGUCAUGAAGGGGGAAUCUUUGCAGUCGAAGCCCCACUCCAUGCCUCCAACGUGCAAGUUGUUGACCCAGUGACAGGGAAGCCUUGCAAGGUUGGAGUUAAAUAUCUUGAAGAUGGUACUAAAGUCAGAGUAUCCAGAGGAAUAGGAGCAUCUGGGUCUAUAAUCCCUCGUCCUGAGAUCUUAAAGAUACGAACUACCCCAAGACCUACUGUCCUUGGUCCCAAAGAUACUCCGAUGGAUCUUGUGCUAGAGAAGACUUACGAUGCUAAAACAGGAAGGGGAAUGCCUGAGCUUUAAGGAUAUUAUGUACCUUAUUCAAAUGAGUGAGUUGCUAUCACGAUGAACAAGAUAUGGAAAGAGUUUGUCACAUGUUUUGUUUACCGUGAUUUUGUGGAAUUGCUUUCAAAUUUUAAUGGUUUAGCCUGUGAUUUACUGAUAGCUAAAAACAAUUAAUAAUUAUUUUUAUCCUUUUCUAUGCAAUGGAUGUUAGCUCUUCUAAGGAUAGUCACAUAACUUUCACUCCACAAUUGUUAGAGUGAGUGAAACAGAGAAUCCCUUUGAUAGUUAUGGUUAUAGUGGGUGAAAUUAAUUGAUUUCAUCCAUUAUUCUUUGAUUUGAUCUC